AUGGCGACGGCAACGCCAUUGGACAUAGUUGGGUUGCUCACGGGGCAAGGGAGGGAGUCCAAGAAGCUGCGGGUGGCAAAGAUCAUCAACAAGACCCCCGCUGAGCUCAAGUAAGCAAUCCACGAGAGUUAUCUGCAUGUGUGCAUUGCCAAUAGCUGACAGAUGAUGUAUGACGGCAUGCAUUAUGCAUGCAACUGUAGCUGUAAAGUACACGACGGGAGUCGCACCGCCUCAUAGCCACCGACCUGCCGGCGGCCAAGGACAUCGAUAAGGGGGACUGCAUAGUCAUCAAAAACGUCCAUGUCCGAGGCGACGGGUAGGAUUCCAUUGCAUGCAUGCACACAUGUAUGAUGUGUAUGUGUGUGCUCAGGCCUGGCAGGCACCUGCACGCCACCGCCGCUGAGCGGCAGCCCAUGCUGCUCGCCGACCUGCGGGUCGGGCGGUCGGCGAUGCAGGUCAUUGAGGCCACGGUGACGUCAAUGUGAGUGCCUGCAAGCACAGGAUGGGAUGCAGCGAGGGCUUGCGGCCGCCAUUUCAUUCCUUCUCUAUCACCUGAUGUGUCUCACUGUCCAGAUCGCAGCUGGGCACCUGCAGCAACGGCAGCAGCAUGUUUUUCUCUACACUAAGACAAGGGCAGGUGAGCACAGAAAGCGCUGAUGACCAUUCGAUGUGUGUGUCGCAUUCAUGACUUGUGUGCUGAUGUCAGGAGGAAAUAAAAGGUGUGCGCCUUCGGGCAGGCCGCCACCGCACACUACAACAAGAUGGCCAAGGACAAAGUAAGAUGGCGACAUUCACGGACACACAGGAGGCCUUGUAUUUCUUUAUUGGUCUGUGUGCUGUUGACAGAAAUACUGCCUAGCCGACUUCACCGUCAAACACAAAAACAAGUCAACACGAUUAUGGACAGAGACGUGGACGCGCCAUGCAACACACUGUCUGUUUCUCCUUCCUCAGGCAAUACAACACGACAGGCCAUCGCUACGAGAUAUACCUCGAGACCGACACCAUCAUACGAGAGUGUACGCAUCCAUCACAUGAUAUGAAGCCCCCGUUGCACGCAUACACACGGAUGGAACUUCAUGUUCGAUGUCUCACUCUGCAGGUGCCCUCCCCCAGGCUGCCCCCGCCCCACCUGCUGCUCAAGCUGCCCCAGCCCCCGCUGCCGCUGGUGGUGCUGCUGCUGGCGCCCGACGACAGCGACAGAUCCAUGUAGGUUCAAUCCUCAAAUGCCUCUUUGCCGAAAUGAGCGUCUUCUCCUUGCUCAUUUCAUCAGAUGGUCGCCGUUGUGGCUGUCAAUGGCGUUGCUGCCGCUCCCCCCGCCCUGCAGGGGCCAGGGUACGUCCUGGAGGACGUGACGGCCGCGAUGGUGGCGCACAUCAGCGACCUCCUGCGCCGCACUCCCAUACGCACCGCCGCCAUGGCCACUGCCGCCACCUUAGGGCUCCCUCCUCAACACACCGGCGUGGUGCAGACAGGGCGAUCGUUGCCUGCAUUUUAUAUCGCGGUCGGUGUACGCAACGAGCUCCGAUGUUCUGAAACCGAAUGCUGUAGGGGUAAGAAAGGACACGGACAUAGAUCCGUCGACUAAUGAGUACUACAUGUCCCACGGCACGAUGAACAAUGCACUGUGAUGCGUCGACUUGUGUGUGUCCGUACGUGUGUGCAGGGGAUUUGGGGCGGCCUCGACCCACCCAUGAGUAGCGGAAUGCUGAGACACGCAUCAUACUUUGCCACCCAGGCCUGCAAAAGGUGAGAGAAACACGUGACAACCAUCAGCGCAGUCAUUCAUUGAUGUAUGUCGUGCCCACCAGUGAACUCACUCACCUUGGUGUGUGUCGAUGCAGCGCACGCGUUUACGCAGCCGGGCAGAGGCGGUCUGAGGGUCAUGCUGCUCUGCCGCGUGACGCUCGGCCGCCUAUUCGACGCACACGGGAAUACCCGCAACGAUGCGCCGGCGGCACCGCACGGCUUCGACAGCGUGCUGGCGAGGGAGGGGAGUACGGCCAUCCGACUGCACCACCACGAGGUGAGCUGAGCAGCACAGACACGGACACACGCAAGCAGGGAUGUGAUUGACGCGAUGUCCCUCUCUCUGUGUGUGCAGAUGGCCGUCUACGACGUAGCCCAGUCGUAUGUAGAAUACCUGCUGUAUUAUCGUGAUGUAUAG